AUGAAUAAAAGUUUGCAAAAAGAAGUGGAACAUUGGGAUAAGGUUUUAAGAAGAUUGAUUGCAUUGACGAUGAUAAUGGCACAACAAAAUAUUCCAUUUAGAGGUUCUUCAGAUAAAGUUUAUGAAGAAAAUAAUGGGAAUUUUUUGAAAAUUUUGGAAUUCUUAGCUGAAUUUGAUCUAGUUAUGGAAAAACAUUUAAUGAGGGCUAAGAAAAAACCGAAUUCUGUUCACUAUUUAGGAAAAACCAUUCAAAAUGAAAUUUUGGAACUGAUCGGACAGAGCAUUAAAAGUAAAAUUUUGAAUAAAGUGCAAGAUUCUAAUUAUUAUGCAUUGAUCGUUGACUGUACAACAGACACAAGCCAUCAGGAACAAAUGUCAGUUAUAGUUCGAUAUGUUGACGUGAAUCCGAAUAAUAAUAUUCAAAUCAAUCAAAGUUUUCUUGGAUUUCAUUUAGUCGAAGGUUCAACAGGAAUUGACGCACGCCAUCAUUGA